GUCCCGCUCCCACCUGAACCCAGCGCUUCCAGGAGCAGAGCAUAGCGGGCGCCCCCUUCCAUCCCGGCCGCCUCUCCUCUGAACUGAAGCUGGCCUGCUCGCCUUCCCCUGCAUCGGGUAGCCUAGAGGCUGGUGGCAACCAGUCGGCUUCAUCAGCGACCAACGGCGGCGGCGGCGUCCUCCUCGACCCCGCUACCGACCAGUCUCGGAUUGGCGUGAAGCGGAGAUCCAUCCGGGAAAUUGCCGAAUUGGGAUCGAUCUCUUCUGUUGGUUCGUCUUCUUCCCCAGUGCCGAUGGAGCACGCUAAGUCCGGCCCCAGCAGUUGGCCGGAGCUGGCCGACGUGGUGCCAGUGCCGCAGGACGAUGGGCCCAGCCCCGUGGUCCCCAUCGCCUAUCGCGACGACUUCCGCGAGGUCAUGGACUACUUCCGCGCCCUGUACUUCGCUGGCGAGCGCAGUCCCCGCGCCCUCCGCCUCACUGCCGAGGCCAUCGAGCUCAACCCCGGCAACUAUACUGUCUGGCAUUUCAGGCGCCUUAUUCUGGAAGCAUUGGAUUCUGAUUUACUGGAAGAGAUGAAUUUUGUCGAAAAAAUUGCCUUAUGUAAUCCAAAAAACUACCAAAUCUGGCAUCAUAAGAGAUGGCUUGCUGAGAAAUUAGGGCCUGGUGUUGCAAAUAAAGAGCAUGAAUUCACAAUGAAAAUACUUGCUAUUGAUGCCAAAAAUUACCAUGCUUGGUCUCAUAGGCAGUGGGUUCUUCAAGCAUUGGGUGGAUGGGAGAGUGAACUGCAGUACUGCAACCAGCUACUUGAGGAAGAUGUCUUCAAUAAUUCAGCUUGGAAUCAGAGAUAUCUUGUAAUAACAAGAUCACCACUUCUUGGUGGCCUUAAAGCGAUGCGUGAUUCAGAAGUAGAUUACACAAUUGAAGCUAUUGUAGCAAACCCUCAGAAUGAAAGCCCUUGGAGAUACCUCAAGGGUCUAUACAAGGGCGAGAAUAACUUGCUAGUAUGUGACGAGCGCAUCUCUGAUGUUUGUCUCAAGGUCUUGAAGAACGAUUGGAGUUGUGUAUUUGCUUUGAGCUUGCUGCUUGAUCUUCUUCGCUCGGGUUUGCAGCCUUCAGAUGAACUUAAAGCCACUCUUGAACCAAUAAGGAACUCUGAUCCUGAAGUGGCAGAUGCUGAUCUUGCAACCACUGUUUGCUGUAUCCUGCAGAAAUGUGAUCCCCUCCGGGUAAAUUAUUGGUCUUGGUACAAGACCACCCUUUCUUCUCAGAUCUCCUGACAUUACAUGGGCUCACCCCUUGAUAUCCUCAUUGGGCCGGACUCUGUGAGGUAGACAGCUAGACAUAAUUUAGGUGCCUUGGGUUAAAAUGGUUCACCGGAUCUGCAUGAUGCAAAGCCAACCAAAGAGGACAGAGUGUGUGGCUACCUUCACUGUGGUCGGACAGCAACACUUGUAAACUGGAUUUUGCUUGGCAGAAUUUGUUAAUGUUAUUGUUCCAAAUAACACUUUUUGCAACAAAUUUUAUUUCGUAUAUGUAAGCUUGAAUACAUUGGUUGGCAUGAGAGCCUACGUGAGCAUGUUUUACCUUUCGAGUC